ACUGAAACCAACACCCCACGGAGACAAACCGCCAUCUGCGGGUGACAGAGGGAGGGAGCAGCCUGCUUUCACCAGACAGCUCCAACCUUCGGUUCGACUUCACUUACAUUUACACUCUGCUCGACUCAGCAGCUACACGCAGGUGUCAUGAGUGGGCAUCCACAGAUGCGCGUUUAUGGCACCGUUCCCGCGUGUUUUCUUUAUAUAAGAAGCUAUAUUAAGGUGUUAUUGGAUUAGCUAUGGAUCGACUCGAUGAUUGGAGCUUCAAGUCCAAGAAAAUAAUGGACCUAGAGGAGGAUUUCUUUUUCCACUAUGGAGCGGAGGAAAUGACAGAUUAUCAGGACCCCAGUGAACUUCUGGCUGCUUUAAAACAAAAGGAGGAAGAGGUUAUUUUGGCAGCCCAGCUGGGAAACGCAUUGCUCCUAGAAAACCGCCAGCUUAAGGAGCAGAGCGAAAAACUUCAUGAGCAAUACGCAGAGAAGCUGGAGGAGCUGGAGCAGGGAAAACAUGAGGUGCGACUGAAGCUGGAGCGCCACCAGUCCCAGUGGGAGAGCCAGAUGGGAGACCUGGAGCGGGAUGCGAGGGAGCUGAGCGCCCAGGUGGAGCAGCUUACCCGGGCGCUCAGCGAGGCUGAGAGGGACAAGAGUCGAACUCAGCUGGAGCACAACGAGAACACUCAGCGGCUCCAGGAGGAGCUCAAAGCUGCGAUGGAGGUGGAGAGAGCCAUGUCCACUGAGCUGCAGGCUCUGAAACAGGAGCUGCAACAAAAAGGAAGUCACAACAGGCAGCAGGACGAGGAGCUGAUGAGUGCCAUGAGAGAGCAGGUGUUGCGUCUCUCACAGAAGGAACAGGUGCUGGAGCAACGAUUGGAGAGCGUUUGUCAAGAAAACGAAGAACUGAGGGCGAGUUUGGCCUCUUUGGACGCACGCUUGGCUCUGCACGACCAACUCAACGAGCAGCACAGCCAGCAGCUUGCCGAGGCGCGGCAAGAGGUGGAGGCUGCACGGGGUCAUUCACAGCAGCUGCAGGCCCAGGUGGAGGAGCUUCAGGAGGAGGUGUCCCUGCAGGAAGCCAGGAGCUACGGCGACACUUCCCUGUUGUCUGAGCUGGAAAGUAGCCUGGAGAUAACAGGCCUCGGAGUCAGCAAAGAAGAGUUAACGCAAGAAAUGGGGUCCAUCCUUCAGUUACUCCUCCCGUUGACCCAGGAGCUGAACGGCUCAGAGCAGUCAGAGGUCGCCGAUCAGCAGGAAGACCUGAAGGCCAUGUUGCAUCGGCUGAAGGGCGUGGCUCAAACUCUUUCACAGGCAUCCAGGCCACAGGAGCUGAAUCAGGGUUUUGUCGAAACGACGGGUGACGAGGGUGGGAAUCUGAGCACGACACAGGAGCUGAGAGAUCAGAAUGUGCAGCUGCAGCAAGAAAAUGCUGAACUGAUGCAGAAGCUGCAGAGCGUUCAAGAUCAAACUGAAGUUGUCCAACAGGCCAUCAAAGACCGAGAUGAAGCUAUUGCGAAGAAAAACCGAAUGGAAGAAGAGCUGGUGAGAAGUAAAAACGAUAUGAUGUCUCUCAACAACCAGUUACUGGAAGCCAUCCAACGCAAACUGGAGCUAUCACAGGAGCUGGAGGCCUGGCAGGAUGACAUCCAGAUCUUCAUCAACCAGCAGCUCAAGUCCCAGCAGCAGUUGGAGCAGCCUCAGAAGAAGCCCGCCUCCAACAACAGCAUGUCAUUCUUUCGCAGACCCAGCAGAACAGCUUCAUCUUGGUCACGCCAGUCGUCGGCCUCCUCCUGGAAUUCAGACUGCGAUCAGGACAAAAACCAAUCCCCGUGGAGGGACUGGUUAAGGCGGGGCAAAGGGGUGCAGUACAGCAAAUAGUGAACACUAAGUGCUAGAACACUACUGGACUACUGUGGAGCAGAUGCACCAAGAGAAAAGGUCAAAGGGAACUCACUAGUGGGACUUCUUGUACAUCAUGUGAAGGAGAAAAAAAGCCAUGAAGACAGAAGGAGCCACUGCAAACAAAGACUGAAACACAUUUCACUGAGAGGCUGAGGCUUCUCAAGACGAAGACUGUGACAUUAUUUUUACAGAAUUACAAUUGAAGGUUUAACUGUAAAUAUCGCACCCUAUUUUGUAAAAUGGUGAAUAAGUAGCUCAGUGGAAAGUAUUUAAGAUUUAACACAUCAAAGAGAAGGAUGCUCAUGAAGUAAGUGAUUAAACACUAAAUUUUUUUUUGUACUAAAUUUGUCCUUAUCAUGUUGGAUAUAAGACGUCAUGUUUGUUUUUGGGGGUUUUUUUUAUUGUCAGUGUUGCUAAAUGUGUUUGAGAAACGCUGUACGUUUUCUUGUACAUGAAGAAAUCUGUUAUUUUUAUAAUUUUGUUCUCAUAGUUUCAGUUAAAAAUCAAACAUGUUGUCUGGACAUUGAUAUGGUCUGUGGACAGCAGAAACUCUAUUUUAUGUUAAGCACUGUUCAGUAUUGAAGCUGCUUUGUACAAACUGACCAAGUCUGGAAGGACUGACAGAAAGUUUCAUAAAACAUUAAAUGAUCCUCAGUCAGGUCUCAUUUUUCGCCACUGUUUGUCUUCAAAACUCUCCAUGAUAAAAGUUAUUUACUGAAGAUAUUCUGGCUUUAAUAGGGGAAAAGCUGCAAGAUUGAAGACAAUACACAAAUAUGGAGAUGGGGUAAUCUGUCAGGAAUUAAAGGAGGCUACAUUGAAAGAAAUGAAAACGAUCAACCUACAGAGGGCUGAAGUCAAAUGUAGCAGCUUACAGUAUGUCCAAGGAUUUCAUCCUGAUACCUAAUGGCAAUCAGGGUGCUGUUGCUUAGUCUAUAGAGGUCUGUGUGUCCCUCCAUGGAUGUGCCUCCCCAGAUAAUCACUGACCCACCACCAAACCGGUCAUGGUUUCUUCAAUUUUCAUGUCUGUCACAUGUGCUCAGGGUGAACCUGCUCUCAUCUGUGAAAAGCACAGGAUACUGGUGAUGGACCUGCCAAUUCUGGUAUUCUAUUGCAAAUGCUAAUUGUUCUCCACAGUGCCAGGCAGUGAGCACAGGGCUCACUAGCAGGUGAGGGACCAGGUAUCGCUUCAUGCUACCAGAGACAACAAACCUAGCCAGUAAAACCAUUCCUGUGUUAGUGGUUGUCUCACUGUUGCCUCUCUAGUGCAUAUAUUGGUCAUUUCGUUAACACGAAGGCCACUGAAACUGAUUAACAACCCACCCCCACGCUACUUCACUGCUCAAAUUAAUAUCCCAGAAGUUUAACUGACUUGAUUAAUAUUCUCAUGAAAGUGUUUAAUUUUUUGAGCGGUUUGAUAAUCUGAAAUGGGCUUCUAACAAUACGUCUGCUGCUGCCCUCUGCUGAUGGCCAGCAAACAUUUCAGGCUUUAGUGGGAGGCAGAUGUGUCAUAGCUGACAGGAUCUGACACACUGGACAGACUGCAGCUGAGGUGCUAAAAAAUAAGCAAAUGUGGUUACACUUAACUCAGUCAUGUUAAAUAACUGCAAGUCAAUCGGUCAACUGAGGUUUUAUCAGAUUUUUUAAUAUUUAUAAUUUGUGUUCAGAGUUGCAUAUGUUCACUGCCUUUAACACUGCUACUCAGAAGUGUUGAUUUAUUAAAGCCAUGUAGUUUUGUAAAUGUGAAAACUUACAGGGCGUUCCAGAUGUCGAGACAUGGGUAAAUUAUCAUCAGUGUUUGAGGUUCCUGAACUAAGAAUAAAGCAAAACCAAACAUGUGCAAUAACAACUGCGUACUUCAUUCAAAAUUAAUGGUAAUA